AUGGCAUCCAAUGAUUCCGAGAGUAUUUCAAAGAUAAACCGCAUAUCUGUGACCACCACAGCAAUGGAAUCCUCUGCCCCCACUGAUGAUCUUUCGGCUGUAGUUGAUGAGUUGCUGAAUUCACUUUCUAACAAGUUCGCUGGGGUUUCUAGUGAGAUAUUUGCAAAGAUGGAUGACAUUUCACGUCGCUUAGAUAACUUAGAGGCAAAUCUAAAAAUUCAGGCUUCUGGAAAAGAUAAUGUGUCUAAAUGA